AAGAGGUACACAUAUCCUUACUAGUUAUUAUAAAGUCCUACAAUUGUAGCCAAGUUCCAUAAGUUCUUAUUUCUUUGAAUGAUCUGAACAGCAAUAAUUAUGUUUAAGCCUACUGAUGAAGAAGCCCCAGAAGUAAGUAUGACAGCUGGUCACAAUACUCAUUCUGAAUACGACCGGAGACAAUCAGAACUGAAAAAAAACAAAAGCAGAAUUAGUUCGUGGUGGACUAGUUUAUGGGUUCGAGGUACAUGGUGGGAUUCGAUAUUUGUAGCCUCGUGUGUUAUCGCAGUCUCACUGGAUCCACUGUUCUUUUACAUUCCUAUCAUCGAUAGGGAAAAAAAGUGCCUUCAAGCAGACAGACAAUUGAGGACUGUAACUCUCAUUUUGCGAUCAGUGAUGGAUAUCACUUUUAUAGUGCAUAUUAUCUAUCAGAUUCGUGAAGCUAUGAUCGCUGCAGCCCUCGAUAAGAUGGCUAAACCGAAGUCUUCCGAUUUCUUUAAAGGACCCUUCUUUAAACGUGUCGGUGCAAUAGUUGACAAUUUGUCAUGGCGCUCUCUCAUAACUGACAUUCUAGCUGUUCUUCCUAUCCCACAGGUGCUACUACUUGUUGUCUUCUUUAAAAUGAGAGGCUCUGGAUAUUUGAACCACAGAAAGAUUUUGAAUUUCUUUCUUCUCCUUCAAUAUUUGGCAAGAAUUUAUCGUAUUCACCUAUCUUCCAAAAAACUUACAAAGAGUCAUGGAAUAUGGAUUAAAGGACUAUUCAAUUUAUUUCUCUAUAUCUUUGCAAGUCACGUACUUGGAGCCUUUUGGUAUUUCUUUUCGAUUCAACGAGAGACAUCAUGUUGGCAUCGAAGUUGCGGUCCCAACUGUAUAAGUACCUUUUAUUGUGAUGAGUACAAACAUUCAGACGAUAUGGUGACACUUAUAACAUCUCUGAAUGCAUCGUGCCCUAUCAAUACUACUGGACCAUUUGAUUUUGGAAUAUUUCUUGAUUCUCUAAAGUCCAAUAACCCGGCAUCAAUCAACUUUCCACAAAAGUUGUGUUACUCUUUUUGGUGGGGUCUACGAAAUUUGAGUAAUUUUGGCACGAAUCUUGUAACAAGUAACUAUGUAUGGGAGAAUUUAUUCGCAAUUCUUAUUUCUAUCAUUGGCUUGUUACUGUUUUUGUACCUCAUCGGAAAUGUGCAGACAUUUAUGUCUAUGGGAACUGCAAAGUCAGAGGAGAUAAGAAGGAAGAUCAAAUCAAAAAAGCAAGUUAUGAAAGAGUGGAUGGAGAAAAAUUGCCUCCCUGCUAAGUUGAGGAAAGAAAUCAUGGCAAAUAUAAGAGAAAAAUUAGAACAAGACAACCAUGCUGACAUGGGGGAUCCGUACUCCAUUCUUCCCUCGUCAACCAAAAAAUCUCUAAAGCGUGCUCUCUGCAUGAGUACACUGAGAAAAGUACCAAGGCUUGAAGGUAUGAAUCCAAAAGUUUUGAAAAUGAUAUGUGACUAUCUGAAGCCUGUGACAUACCCUGAGCAUCACUAUGUUGCCAAGGUGGAUGAACCAGUUGAUCAGAUGGUGCUUGUCAAAGAAGGAACUAUGUGGAUCUACUCGUCGAAUACUAGUACUCCAUCCAAGAUCCACAGGACGGUUGAGAACGGUGGCAUUUAUGGAGAUGAACAACUUCUGAGUUGGGCGUCGAAGGACAUGCAACACGUCUCGUUUGAAAACUUCCCGAUCUCAAAAGAAAAUGUGAAAUGUCAUACAAAAGUGGAAGGGUUUGCUAUCGCGGCCAAGGACUUGAAAGAUGUGGCCACCAAGUGCAAAAUGUUUUGGAAUUACGAUGAUCCUCGAGAGGAGAGGGUGGCGAGCUCUACCAUAGGAAGGACAUUCCGUCGAAACCGCAAUAACCCAAAUAGGCCGGCUACCGUAGGAGUAGGAGCUGCGACCUCGUCAAGAACAGGAAUUGAGUAUCUGCAGAUCGAGAGAACCUAAUGCUAAUCAUGCGCCGCCCGAGCUAGUCAUGCAGUGCCCUAGUGGCUAGUCAUAUGUAGACUAAUAUUUCUGUUAUGUUCUCUGUUCAAUAAGCUAAAACUUUCUGAUUCAAGCUACUGACUUAUUGGUCCUAAUUAACUUAGAACAUCUCUAACAGAACCCCUAAAAUCAAAAAUUGCAACCAUCUGAAUUCUGAAACUUGUAU